GUAGAAAAUUCCUGGUUCUGAAGACUCAUCUUUCAUGGCAGUUUCUCCACCUCAUAACCUUUCAUCCAUCUAAACUACCUUAUCUUUUCCUUAAUGCAAUACCAUAACUUCAAUACUAUCAUCACCAGUUGCAGGGCUCUCUUGUUAGCUUUCUUUCUUUGUCAACAAUGGCAGAAGAAACAAACCCAAGGAAUUCCAGCACCCAGCUCUUAGCAGAACUGGAAGAGCUCAGUCAGUCCCUCUACCAGUCCCACACUGCUCGAAGAACUGCCUCCCUUGCUCUCCCUCGAAGCUCAGUUCCCCCAAUAUCAUCCGCUGAUGAAGCCAAAAAUGAGGAGAAAUCCAGCACCAGGGGGCGAUCCAGGCGCAUGUCUCUCUCACCAUGGCGGUCUAGGCCAAAGCUCGAUGAUGGAAAUGGGCAGAAGGAUCAGCCAAAGCCUUUGAGCCAGCAACCCAUCACGAAGUUGAAUGAAAAGGCAGCUUCAGCAGAGAAGAAAGGAAUUUGGAACUGGAAGCCAAUUCGAGCCCUUUCGCACAUUGGGAUGCAGAAGCUGAGCUGUUUGUUCUCUGUUGAAGUUGUCACUGUCCAAGGACUUCCAGCUUCUAUGAACGGACUCCGGCUUUCAGUUUGUGUUAGGAAGAAGGAAACCAAGGAAGGAGCAGUUCACACAAUGCCAUCAAGAGUUUCACAGGGAGCAGCUGAUUUUGAAGAGACUAUGUUUCUUAAGUGUCAUGUUUACUGCAGUUAUGACAGUGGAAAACAGCAAAAAUUUGAGCCACGACCAUUUUUGAUCUAUGUGUUUGCAGUUGAUGCUCAAGAGCUUGAUUUUGGAAGAAGUUUGGUGGAUUUGAGUCUCCUUAUUCAGGAGUCCAUAGAGAAAAGCGCUGAAGGUACACGAGUUCGACAAUGGGACAUGAGCUUCAAUCUAUCAGGGAAAGCGAAAGGAGGAGAACUUGUUCUGAAAUUGGGAUUUCAGAUUAUGGAGAAAGAUGGGGGGGUUGGAAUUUAUAGUCAGUCUGAGGGAUUGAAGUCCGGUAAAUCUAAGAAUUUCUCAUCCUCUUUUGGCCGUAAGCAGUCGAAAUCAUCCUUUAGCAUCCCCAGUCCAAGGAUGUCAAGCCGAUCAGAAACUUGGACUCCUUCACAGGGAGGAGCACCUGGAGAUCUCCAAGGUAUUGAUGACUUGAAUCUUGAUGAACCUGCUCCAGUGCCUUCAACCUCUCCCUCUAUUCAAAAGUCAGAAGAAACUGAAUCAAAGAUAGAAGAUCUAGACGUUCUGGAUUUUGAUGUUGUGGACAAAGGAGUUGAGAUCCAAGACAAAGAAGAGGCUGGCGAAGGAGAGAUGGAAGAACGUGUUGAUGAAAGGUCUGUGUCAAGUGAGGUUGUGAAGGAAGUUGUGCAUGAUCAGGUCCAUCUUACAAGAUUAACUGAGCUUGAUUCCAUUGCUCAGCAGAUAAAAGCUCUUGAAUCAAUGAUGGGGGGAGAAAAACUCAACAAAACAGAGGAAGAAACAGAUGUGCCGAGACUGGAUGCAGACGAAGAAACAGUGACUAGAGAAUUUCUUCAGAUGCUAGAGGCUGAAGAUGAUAAUGAAUUGAGAUUCAAUCAAUCUGAUAUCCCACCUCUAAAGCUGGAAGGAGUUGAGGAUUCUACAGAGGCAGAUACCAUGGUUUUUCUCCCAGAUCUUGGAAAGGGCCUGGGCUGUGUGGUUCAGACCAGGGAUGGAGGCUACUUAGCUGCCAUGAAUCCUCUAGAUACUGCAGUAACAAGGAAGGACACCCCAAAACUUGCAAUGCAGUUAUCAAAAGCUUUAGUCCUUACCUCUCAUAAAUCCAUGAAUGGGUUCGAGUUAUUUCAGAAGAUGGCUGCAACUGGGCUUGAAGAACUCAGCUCAGAAAUUUUAUCUUCAAUGCCCCUUGAUGAACUUAUAGGUAAGACCGCCGAACAGAUAGCUUUUGAAGGCAUUGCUUCAGCAAUCAUCCUCGGAAGGAACAAAGAAGGUGCUAGCUCAAGUGCUGCCCGUACUGUUGCUGCAGUUAAAACCAUGGCAACUGCAAUGAAUACAGGCAGGAGGGAGAGAAUCUCAACAGGAAUAUGGAAUGUGAAUGAAGACCCGUUGACAGUGGAUGAGAUUCUAGCAUUCUCAAUGCAGAAGAUUGAGGCUAUGGCAGUUGAAGCUCUGAAAAUUCAGGCAGAUAUGGCUGAGGAAGAUGCCCCGUUUGAAGUUUCUUCACUCGUUGGAAAAACAGCCACAACCAGUGGUAAAGAUCAAAAUCAUCCCCUUGCCUCUGCCAUUCCACUUGAGGAAUGGAUGAAAAAUAGUAGUUUGAAUACUUCUGAUGGAGAAUCUGAGAGCCAAACAACCCUCACAUUAACAGUGGUUGUUCAGCUGCGGGAUCCAGUAAGGCGAUUUGAGUCAGUUGGGGGCCCAGUGAUAGUGUUGAUUCAUGCAACACAUGCUGAUGUAAAGCCAAAAACAUAUGAUGAAGACAAGAGAUUCAAAGUCGCAAGUUUGCAUAUAGGAGGUCUGAAAGUUAAAAAGGGGGGUAAGAGGAAUGUGUGGGAUACCGAGAAGCAGACGCUGACAGCAAUGCAGUGGCUGUUGGCAUUCGGAUUGGGGAAGGCAGGAAAAAAAGGAAAACAUGUCCCCUCAAAAAGCCAGGAUAUAUUAUGGAGCAUUUCCUCACGUGUAAUGGCAGACAUGUGGCUCAAAUCAAUGAGGAACCCAGACAUAAAGUUCACUAAGUAAAGAGAAUCUUCACAUUUUUCUCUGUAAAAUUCUAGUAAGUUUGUCUUAGAUCUUGCCCAGGCUUUGAAAAAAGUGUAGGCACUAGCAAGGAGAAACAGAUUGCAUCAAUCCACAGUUGUUCUACAAUAUUAGAUUGAAUCAGUAGCAUCCCUUGUCCCUUAGCAUUAAAAACGUUUCAGCAUUUGAGACUCUCGGUAGCUGUAAUUACUUUUAUUUGUUUAUCUUCAAAUAAAAUGUACAAGGUUUUUUUU